AGACAAUAAUAUCUGCUUUGAAAGUGAAACAGAUAGCAAAAGAAAGCUAUUUUAAGUGAACAAACAAUAUAUUUUGAGGUAUAUAAACACUGGGUGAGAGCAAAAAAAAUUAUUACUCGCUAAGGAUUAUUAUUUUAUUGUUCGUUCUCUAGUAAAAGUUUACAAUGCGUCUUUUAUUUGCAUCUGUUUUCUGCGUAUUCAUCUACGCUGUGUAUGCAGAUGAUUGUCCUCAAGGAUUAUGCCCAAGUUCCCAAACAUGCUGUAAAGGCCCUUCUGAAGGUCUCUAUGGAUGCUGUCCAGAGCCAAACGCUGUCUGCUGCACAGAUGGCUUACACUGCUGCCCACAAAACACUGUCUGCAAUAUUGCAGCGGGCACAUGCGAUAACCAGAGAAUUGUUCCAGAUCUAUUUUUAAGAAAGAUUCGACCAGUAACCGUUACUUCUGAAAGGAUGAACAAAGCUUUUAAAGCCACAAUCGUCAACUGCCCUGGUGGACAAUACUUCUGCCCUGAUGGAAAUACUUGCUGUCUGCUCCAAGAUGGCAGUUAUGGCUGCUGCCCAUACCCAUCUGCAGUGUGCUGUCAAGAUCAUCUCCACUGCUGCCCUCAAAGUACACAUUGCGACAGUACAUCAACCAUGUGCCUCAGUGGAGGAGACAGAUUUUCCUCUCUCUUGAAACGACGAGCUUUCUCCAUGAAAUGAUUUUUAGGAACUACAAAUUGUUCUGUUGUUUGUUAUAAUUUAUUCAUUUUGAUGUUUGAACUAAUAAAUACGUAAGAAAAAGA